GACGCAAUCUGCAAAUUACGCGACGAAGGUCAUAGCAAAGAUAGCUGUUGUAUAUAAAUAGCGUCGUUUUCACACCAUUAUUACUGAGUCCAAAGACGGCGACAAGCAUGAAGAUUGUGUUACUAUUUGUUCUGAUGGCUUUUAGUGGUGUUACAGAGGCAAUUUUUUACUUUUUUUACGAAUACUCUUGCCCGUUAAGGUCGUCAGGGUCAUCAUUAUCCUCGAGCAAUAAUAAAGACUGUGCUAGCAGUAAACGGGAUGUACACCACGGAUGGUCCCACACAUACAUCCAAAUAGGAUCAAUGUGCUAUGACUGGGGAAACUGGAAUUAUCCUAGACACUUACCAUGCGAUGAUGAACAGCUUGCAUGUUGUGUCAGGGAAAAAAGCCUGGCUAGACCUGGAACUUCGAGAUGUGUAGACAGAGUCGGAGAGUUUGAGGCGGCUUGGACAAGAGAUGGUAUAUCGUAUGAUGGUCUGUUUUGGAACUGUCAGCGUUUCACCACCCUGUUGUAUAAAUUCCUUACGGAAUGCCCUGCGACACCUGCUACAACAUAUGCGAUUGGUUGACGAAUUUUAUACAUCACAGAGAUGCAGAAUGAUUGCAUUGUAAAAUAGAAUAAAAGUGCAGAAAUA